AAAUCCAUCUUUGCUCGGGGAUUUUCAGGGAUUCCAGGGUCCAAUGGCAUACCAGGAAUGCCGGGAAUUCCUGGGUCUCCGGGGUUGCAAGGACAACAGGGAAAAGAUGGAGCCAAGGGAGAGCCUGGUGUCAAGGGACCAAGAGGCAUGACAGGGACAAGAGGAGAAAAAGGAAAUCAAGGGUCACGUGAUAAAAAUGGAGCACCUGGAAUGAUGGGAAUAAAAGGAGAUAAAGGCAAUGAAGGGUCACAUUGUAGCAGUGGCCCGCCAGGAAUGAAGGGUGUGAAAGGAGGACUGGGGCCUAAGGGAGAGAAAGGAGAAAGUGUGAAUAGUGCAGUGUGA